AUGAUAGCCAUACUGUUUUGUCGCCAAGAGGUGACCAAGUGGGGUUCGGCGGAGAAAGAGCGGCCGCUGCACGGGCCACCACUCGGCGCUUUCCAUGUUUCCCCGCGGUCCGGCUGGGAAGGCGCAGCAAGGUUGAGGCUUGAGCAACAGGGCGAUCUUGCAGCCAAUCAGCGGCCAAGCACGACUAGCACGACUUCCGACCGACCGACUGCUCACUCUUCUCUCCCACUCCAACAGAUUCAACCCCAGGCAUUUCUCCCACUAGGCCAUGUCCUGCCUUACCAGUCGCCAUUGCUGUCAUACAUCACAGCCAUAGUCCACCGUUACGAAGCAUGCCGUGGUCAUGGACAGGAAGGCCCUCUUCUUUCCGUGGUAAGGAACAGCGGCCUCGUGUUAGCAUCAGGCUAUCUGAGCACUGCACCGGCUCUUGAUUACUCGUUUGCUUUGGACAAGCCAUUGCACACUGUAGGUGUCGUCUUGCUGCUCACCGGUCUCGUCAUCGUCGCAACAGAAGUCUGGCUGUCUCGUACCGCGCAGCCGCGACCGCCGACUCGCUUUGUCGCAAUAGCUCUCAGUGAAGGCCAGCGCAGGCCACCAGGAGAAGAGAUAUGGACCGAGACAGGGCAGCCUGGAAGGCGGAAAGUUUGGACGGUGCGGGCCGUGGGAGCACUUCUGACUGUGCUGAUGUUCGCAAUCUGUGGUCGCAUAGCCGUCUUCUAUUGUGUGAUGAAGCAUGUCGAGUGCGCUGGGCCCUCGACACUGCCCUUCCUCCCCCUCAUACUCGCCCUCUAUCACAGCCUCCGCCAUCCCAGCCAACGCCAGUACCCCGCCUGGAGUCUCGACUCACGCCCACGUACCCAUCUCGAUCGCGUCUACAACUUCGUCCUUGAUGGCUCCACACGCUACAUCAUACCCUCUAUCUUGCUCUCCAUCAGCGGCUUCCUUGUCAACAUCAAGACUGACGCCCUCCGCUCCACCUACAUCUGCCCCAUCAUCGACUCUACGGCCGCGGGCGUUCCUUCGCUUCAGUUCAUUGCCUUCUUAUUAGACUGUAUCAUUGUACAGAUCCUAUAUCGCUUUGUAGACGACGGCAUCUCGCCCCCAGACGACUGGACCAUACAUCUCCAGGAUGGUACUUCAAAUCAUUUUCUUGUUGGCUUAACGUUCAUCGCAUCCUCCCUGAUCUGGCAUUGUUAUAUACCCCGCCAUGCCUGA